AUGGGUAAAAAGAUGAUAGAUAUAGCUAUAGUUGCGGCAACCUUUCCUAGACAGGUUCGAUUCUGGGCAAAAAGUUCUAUUUUUAAAAUUAACCCAAUUGUGACGAAAAUUCUUAAUAAAUUGGGGGUAAUUCCAGUAGACAGAGAAACAAAGAAUAAUCGUGUACUUUUUGAAAUUACAUUUAAUGCGAUGAAAGAAUUAGAAACAUUGGUUAUUUAUCCAGAAGGUACAUCACAUACUAGUCCUCAUCUUCUUGAUUUAAAAGAUGGUGGAUCAUGGGUUGCACUUCAAUAUAAAUAUAAUAUGUUUAAUCAUAAGGAAAAUCCAACAAGAAUGAUUGAUAAGCUAAAUGAUGUGACGCUUCUUCCAGUUGGAAUAACAUAUCUUGAAAAAUCUAAAUAUCGAAGUAAUAUAAUUGUUACAUAUGGAAGGCCUAUUCACAUUGGAAUGUAUAAAGAUGAUUUCUUAAUAGAACCUAAAAAUACGGUAAAAAAAUUAACUAAAGUUAUUCAAGAAAGACUAUGGAAAAUCACUAUUAAUGCAAAAAAUUGGGAUAUAUUAAGAAUUUCAGAAUUUUCACGGACUAUAUUAUUUGGAGAUAAUAAAAAUAUUAAUGCAAAAGAUUAUAUAUCAAUAACACAAAGUUUUAUAAAUAUCUUCGAAUUGCAACGACUAGAUCCUUCUCAUAAUGAUAUUUCAGAUUUAUAUAAUAUUUUAGAAAAAGAAUUGAAAGCUCUAAAAUUAUCAUGUAUAGAAGCUGUUGAUAUUAUUAAUUUGCAUACGAUAUCUAGGAAAUGGGUUUUAUUUCAAAUUAUUCAAAUGACGAUUUUUUUAAUGAUACAUAUUUUGCUUGUGUUGCCUAUAAUUCUUAUUCAUAUACCAAUUUAUAUAAUAUGUUUCCUAGUUGAAAAAAUACAAAAGUUUGAUGAAUCAAAGGCUCAAAAUAAGAUUUUAAUAGGAUUUCUUGUUUUUAUAAUAAUAGAUAUAUAUAUAUAUAUUACUAUACGCAAAAUCUUUGCAUUUCAUUCAUUAAGUGAAACAAUUUCUUUAAGUAUUAUUAUUAUUAAGAAUAAUUAUUAUAAUAAAAUAGUUGAUGGUUUUUAUGACAGAUGGAAACAUUAUAAAAAGACAUGGAAUCUUGGAUGGGUUAUUUUUAGCCCAUAUGGUAAAAGUUAUAUUCUUGAAAGAUUACAUGAAUUACGAGAAGCUAAGAAAAGGUUAAUAAAUAUGAUAGAAUCUGGACAGGGAAAGGAUAUUGAUAUAAUAAGGGAAGCAUUUGAAUCUAUAUAUAUAAAACAUUUUCAUCUAGAAUGA